AUGGUUAAAACUUUGCGAUCCGUAUUUCUGUGGCUUCUUUUUUGCCCUGCCGUGUUUGCACAAUGCUCCGUAAAUCAGGGGUUAAAAAGGACACAGAAUAUCGUCCAGAAUCUCUGCAACCUGGGGGAAAUGCGUCCGGUGAGAUGUAAAACCGAAGCGGAAAACAUGAAGAUUCAAAGUCCAAACGUCCCGAAACAGGAGGAGAGACUCCUUGUGUUGGAAAUGUCAUUUCGGAAUCUCGCUGUGCUCUUGAUGAACGCGUCCACAGAGUGGAAGUCCAGUGAGCUGCAGCAGUUACAGGAGUUCCUCAGACACCAGACACAAUGCUACACAGCAUGUAUUCUGACUGCCAGCUCUGCUGACGCUGAAGUGAGAAACUGGAAUGAGUUCUGGAGUAAGCUUGAUAGAUAUUUGUCAGAAAAGAGUUUCAGUUCGUGCGCAUGGGAAAGCGCGCGCACUGUGAUUAUACGGGUCAUGCGCCAGUUCAUCAAAUUCACCAAAAAAUCAUCAAACGCAAUCUGUUAAUACUUACCGUUAAUUUCUCUCUUAAUCUCUCUCU